CCUCGCCGCCCCCCCAAAAUAUAACCUGAAGAACCUGCAACUUCACGCACCAGCAAGGUAAACAGACAGCUUCAAUGGCGUUCUCCUCCCUCUCCACCCCUUCCUCCUCCUCCCCCUCCUCGUCUUUCACCCUCCCCACCAAGCCCUCCCCGGGCGCAGGCUCCCUCUCCUUCUCCAAGGCGUCCACGGGGAGGUUCAGGAUGGCGGCGGUGAGGGCGGAGGCGGUGGACACGUCCAUCAGCCCGCGGGUGAGCGCGCUGCGGCCGUCCAAGACCAUGGCCAUCACCGACAUGGCCAGCGCGCUGCGGCAGGCCGGGGUGCCCGUCAUUGGACUCGCCGCUGGGGAGCCCGACUUCGACACGCCGGCGGUGAUCGCCGAGGCUGGGAUAAAUGCAAUCAGGGAUGGGUCUACAAGGUACACACCUAAUGCAGGGACUAUGGAGCUGAGGAAAGCUAUCUGCAACAAGCUUCAAGAGGAGAAUGGUCUAACCUACAGCCCAGAUCAGGUGCUAGUGAGCAAUGGAGCUAAGCAGUGCAUUACACAAGCUGUUCUUGCUGUUUGCUCACCUGGUGAUGAGGUUUUGAUACCAGCACCAUUUUGGGUCAGCUAUCCUGAAAUGGCUAGGUUGGCUGGUGCAACACCAGUGAUCCUCCCGACAAGCAUAUCAGACAAUUUCCUGCUGAAGCCAGAGUCACUUGCCUCAGUGAUCACUGAGAAAUCAAGGCUCUUGAUUCUAUGCUCUCCAUCUAAUCCAACAGGCUCUGUGUAUCCCAAGGAGCUGCUUGAGGAGAUUGCUGCUAUAGUCAAGAAGUAUCCUAGGCUCCUGGUUCUAUCUGAUGAGAUCUAUGAGCAUAUUAUCUAUCAUCCUGCUAAACACACAAGCUUUGCUGCAUUACCUGGAAUGUAUGACAGGACAUUAACUGUAAAUGGGUUUUCUAAGGCUUUUGCUAUGACUGGCUGGCGACUUGGAUACUUAGCUGCCCCUAAACAUUUUGUCUCAGCUUGUGGAAAGAUCCAAAGCCAGUACACAUCUGGUGCCAGUAGUAUAUCGCAGAAGGCAGGGCUUGCAGCCUUGAACCUUGGUUAUGCCGGCGGUGAAGCAGUUUCAACCAUGGUCAAAGCAUUCCAGGAGCGCCGGGAUUACCUUGUAAGAAGUUUCAGGGAACUGCCAGGAGUAAAAAUAUCAGAACCUCAGGGUGCUUUCUAUUUGUUCCUCGACUUCAGCUCCUACUACGGAUCCGAGGUAGAGGGUUUUGGCACUAUCAAGGACUCUGAGACCCUCUGCAUGUUCCUGCUAGAGAAAGCACAGGUCGCGCUUGUCCCCGGAGAUGCAUUUGGUGAUGACAAGGGUGUUCGUAUCUCCUACGCUGCCGCACUGUCAACGCUACAAUCUGCCAUGGAGAAGAUAAAAGACGCAAUGUCUCUGCUCAAGGCCCCUGCUGCGGUUCAAUAAAAAUAGCGUGCUGAAGGCAUUUUCACCGGAAUUACAUUAAAAGCAUGUCCAUUGGGAAAAUAGGAAGCAUGCCAUUGUUGUACAACAGAUAGUUCACCAUUUUUCUGGUUGCAAACUUGCGAGCAAUUUGCUUUGUUUCAAACUUCUCACUUGGUGUAAUGUAAUUGUCUUUACCUGCAGGCCAGAAAUGAAAAUAAUAUGUUGCUUUGACAACCUAAGACGGGAAAUAAUUGAUGUUCACUGAUUUGGAUGAAAAA